AUGUGCCUCCAAUGUGAGGCCGGCUUUCUACCGGCACUGGCGGCCGACGGCAGCAUUCGAUUUUGCGUGGGCGGCACGGAGCUGAUGGGCGAUUCGCGGAUGGCGUCGACGUGUCCAGGGGGCUACAUCCGGACCGGCGACCUCUGCUGGGCGUGUAGGGAUCUGUUCCCGAAAUGUGUCGGCUGUGAUCGGGAAGGUCGAUGCAUCCAAUGCGAACGGGGCUACAUCCCGAUCCAUGGCCACUACCGGGUGACAUGCGUGCGACUUUGCACAAGCCUUGGCUGUCUGGAGUGCGCCACCGGGCUCUACAGUAUGCAUCAGCACAUCCAAGAUAACACCGUCAUUUGCCGCUACAGUUGCCCGUUGCACUAUUACCCGCUGAAUUAUUUUCCAUUCCGCUGCGAGCCGUGCCACCCGUCGUGCUGGGGAUGUCGAGGCCCAACCGACAGGGACUGCCUCGACUGCAAAACCGUCGGCUUUUGGGACAUGCGGGCGAACAAUAUCUAUUUUUCGACCACCGAGUCAUUGGAACGGAUUCGAAAAGACCCGGACAAGUCGCUACUGAACGCGGACUACAGCUUUCACUCGGACAUCGGCAUCGACCAGGUGUGCCUAGAAGCCGUUCACGAAGACUACGCGCACACCUGUGAUCCGAUUGCCCAUUUCGAGGAUCAGCUGGGCCACUGUCUGCCCUGUCAUCAGGAAUGUCUCGGAUGUACCGGAUACGGGCCGGCAGCGUGCAAAAAGUGUCGACACGGAAUCCGGGAUGCCGAGGGAUGCGUCCCCGAAUGCCAUCUGAAGGUCGGCUACCACAUGACGUCCCCCAUACCGGGAAUGAGCUUUUGCGGCUGGGAGCCUUUGUCGAGUUCGCAUUUGCCGCCAGGCUACGCACCAAGAAUCGAGUUCUCCAUCGAGUACCCUGCCGUCCACGUCGGCGUCGAGCUGCUGGUGCUCGCCGGGUUUUUCUGCUACUUUACCGUCCACGCGAUGGGGUUUUAUGCAUCGAUGUUCUUCGGCGAGCUCGACGACGCCGACCUGAUCUGCUGGCGAUACGAGGACAUCGUACAGGAAGCCGCACUCCGUGAGCUCGAGUACCUGGUGUUCCUGCGGAAAACGAGGACCGGAAGCAGCAGCUCGUUCGGCCCGACGUCUCCGCCACAGGCGCGCAGCUCCGACACGGUGCCAGCUGUUCCAUCUUCUUCAUCCAAUUCGAAGAAGGCGCUCGGGCCGCUCGCGGAGCCGAAACCGCGCGUCAUCGUCCGCCCAAAUCUUCGUACACAAGCUCGUCUCAACAUGCGCCUGAAGCGGAACCUCGAGCUCCGGAAGGAAGAAGCGAAAAAGCUAAAGGCCAAGUCCAAGUCGAGGAGUAAAUCAUUGUCGCUGGGCACGACACAGGAGAGCCACCAGGGAACCCUCGACGCCAAGUCGUUUAGCCGAGAGACAGGCACUGGAGAGCGGACCGGGACGAAGACUACGAUGUACACCAUUGAACACCCGGCGACGGUCGCCACGACGAUGCGCACCGUCGAACAGCCCGCACCGGCUACGCCACACACCUCUGAACGUCGGACGACGUCGGCAGCGACGCCAUGCCCAAGUUCCACCGAUUUGGGCAGUCACUCGGCUCCGGCGCUGAUUGACUACGAAUGGAACGGUGGCAAUUGUAUGGUGUCGGGCCCUAGUUUUGGCGCUGAAAACAUCACCUAUCGCUGCCUCUCUUGCCCCAUCGGCUAUGACACGGAGCUGUGGACAAGCUCUGAAGGUCAUACUUGCAAACAAAGCUACUGGUUUGGCGCCCAGCUGCUCUUGCCGCGGAACUUCCGGGAUUUGGAGGAAUUGCGAUGGAAGCCCCGGGAAGGCUACUGUUCAAGGUAUGAACCAACCUGCCUUCCGAUGGACCGUACGAUACUGGAAGGGGUGAAGAUGAUAGCAGCGGAGUGGCUGCAGCUGGUCUACCUGGGCGUGCUGACUCUCUCGCAAACGUUCGUGCUCAAAACAUCGCAUGUCGUGCUCAAAAACCUGACGAGCGCAACGAGCAUCUACAGCCACGAGUUCUCGAGCUGGGAGCAGACGAUGCAGUACUACAAGGAGUGGGUGGUCCAGGAAGGCGGGAUGGGGACG